UCUGUUAUUCCUCUCGACUUUUUGUCGAAUCCUCCGUCCUAAAAGCCGAAACGUUUCGCUUGAGUUCUGGUUUCUUCCGAAUGGAAUGUCCUUCGCAUCCACCACCUCGCUAGGGUUUUCCACCGUACAAAGCUCACUGAGGAACGCCGUUCUCUCGAAGAAGUCAAAUUUCAGUCUCCCUCUACCCGCCGCCUGCCGCAUUAGCCAUGGACUGCGACCCGAAUUGUACGCUGGUUUUGUGCGGGAAAUCGCCGGCGGAGAAUGAAGCUGCCAAGGCGCUGAAGAACAGCAACGCUCUGAACCUCCCUGAGAGCACCGAGUUUUCGAUUUUCUUACAAUCGGAAUCAGAAAAGCCGGUCAAGGAAGACGCUUUUGGAGUCGAUUCGUUCAUGAGCUCGCUAUCUACCAGUCGGUUCGGCAGGCUCCUCCUCUGGUCUCCUCGCCUGCCUUCCACACACGACGUCGUUUCUAAGAAUUUCUGUGAGCUGCCGGUCGGUACUGUUUGUGUAGCUGAUGUUCAGUACAAAGGGAGAGGGCGAUCGAAGAAUGUGUGGGAAUCUCCCGAGGGUUGCCUUCUGUUCUCCUUUACAUUGCAAAUGGAGAAUGGCCGAGUCGUGCCUCUUAUACAGUACGUGGUUUCUCUUGCUGUCACAGAGGCGAUAAAAGAUGUUUGUGAUAAAAAUGGCUUGCCAUAUGUUGAUCUUAAAAUAAAAUGGCCAAAUGAUCUUUAUUUAAAUGGCCUAAAAGUGGGAGGUAUUUUAUGCACCUCAACAUAUAAGUCGAAGCAGUUCAAUGUCUCUGCUGGUAUAGGUUUGAACGUUGAUAAUGAGAAACCAACUACCUGUUUGAAUGCAUUUCUUAGAGAAUUGUCGGUUACAACGUACAAAUUUAGAAGAGAAGAUGUUCUUGCCGCCUUCUUUAACAAAUUUGAGAUGUUAUAUGAAGUUUUUAUAAAUCAAGGAUUUCAAUCUCUUGAGGAGGUAUACUAUAGGACUUGGUUACACAGCGGACAGAGAGUUAUUGUGCAAGAAAAGAGUGAGGAUCAAGUGGUGGAAAAUGUGGUCACUAUUCAGGGUUUGACCUCAUCAGGAUAUUUGUUAGCUAUUGGUGAUGACAAUCAGAUGUGUGAACUUCAUCCUGAUGGAAAUAGUUUUGACUUCUUCAAAGGAUUAGUCAGACGAAAACUUGACUGAAGAAGAUUCCGCGGCACUACCUUGCAUCAGUGGCCACAAUCUUGCUGCAUCAUGUGCACUGCUGAGGAUGCUCUCGCCUCAUCUUUUUUCGUAUGUCCCAAUACAUAAAUCAUUUUCUUUUUCACUUUUAUUAACUUGUUGUUUCGGUAUAGAUCUCAGUCAAACCUAGAUCUGUGUAUCUUCCUUAAUAAUGUCAGAACUCAUGGAUUACAACCAA